AUGGAUCAGAGAAGCGCUUUCAGGUUGGCUCCGUUACGCGUCUUUGCCGGCGACUAUCCAACGAACUCGGACGAGCCAAUUCACAUUGAUCGUCCUAAAAUAAAGCUGACGCCUCGAAAUGGCAACUGUGGCUUGCGGACCUACGCACUUAAGGAGGUCUACGAAGGACGUACGAAAGCGAACCUCAAACGACACCUUGGACGUCGCAGGAGAUGCCGAGUGAGCUUUGGCAGCUGUGACGCCAUCGCCACGACGAGCAUCGUUGAGGCGAUCGAGCAGAAGAAAAAGGUCGAGUGCAAUCCGCCAUUGUACGGUGAUCUGUUCAAGCGUCGUGAAACCCCUCCACCCCCAUACGAUCACGAAAAAAUUCAAGAAAAGACCAUCAAAAACAUCGACGAGAUCCCAAGAAUCCCGGUGAUUCCCCUAAAGUCGGCGCUGAAACGCCGUCAG